UAGCAAAACAUAAACGAAUUCAAACAAAAUUGUUUUCAUAUAAAUAUGAAAAAAUCACACACAUAUAACGAUGAAUCACUUUUCUAUGUCGAUGUGGAAGGAGAAGGAUUCGUUCCCGCAGUUGAGGAAGAGUUCGCCGACUGUGCUAUUAAUGUGAAAGACACACAGAAGAAAGGUAAAAACAGCAUUGAAAAAACAAUAAAACUGCAUCUACCACGUGUAGCUCAUACUGGAAAUCUGUCAAUGAUCCGGAGAAGCCUCACUCCAAGUGAAACAGCUCUACACAAAGAAACUGUCCUAAGAAUCAGGAAGUUCAUAUACAAUUCUAUCGCCGUAGAAGAUUUUUGUAUAUCUUUCGACGUUGAACGCAAUUCUAAGAAAACGGAAGAUGAUUUAUCGGAAAUUUCCGAUGUGUCGUCAGUGCAAUCAGACAGUGAUAUACCUGAUGCGUUGACAAACUCGUCACCAUCAAGAUAUGCACGUUGCAGCGGACCUGCUGGGCCAAGGAAAGUACCUAGAACAGAUAAUGCCGCAUAUAUGAACAAAGAUUUCCAGUCGAAUUCUAGAAUAGAUAGACAGCACGAUCUAUCGGUGGCGCAAAACCAUAUCGAUGAUGUCACCAUGACAGAUAAUAGUGAUACCCGUCCUAAGACUAAAUCACUAGAUAUACCACAACUUUGCGGUAUUACCAGGAAAUUAAAAAAUUGCGCCGAUGUCAUGGCUGAUGAGCCUGCAACAAUGGAUAUAUGCGGUAACGAUGGUAUCCAACUGCAACUUGAUAUGCAAAAGUUAACGAAUACAGUAACAGAUAUCGAACACGUACAAAUGUGCUCAUCAGUGCCAUUCAGAAGGUUAUUCAGGAUAUCAAAGGAAAAUCUGUCACAAGGACUCCUCAACGCAGGAAAACGUUACUUCCUCUCAGGAGAUGGUAAAAAGACAUUCACCGCAAAACCAUCACAUAAGGCAUAUCUGGCACACCUCUAUCGACGUAAACGCAGUGUAUGCUUCUUUUGUGGAUUCUUGACGUGUCCACGAACGGAAAACUCAAAACAACGUUGUGAAGCAAUGCGUUGCACCAACUGCUCUUUCAAACAUAAGGGUGGUAGAAAUGGAUGUAAAGAUAAACGGAAUAUGGUAGAAUACUACCACCGAACUAAUGAUUGGCGUUCAAAACGUACGAAUCCUUGGUUUAAUAUGUCCAAGCAAAUCAAAAUGCACUUAAGGUGUUUCAAUUGCAAUAAGCCAGGAGAAGCCAAUAUGGCUUGCAGAGGGGUAUCAUGCCCCAAAGGCAUUGAUACACUAGACUACCGCUGCCUCGAGUUGCUAGGUAAACAGAGCUUACAUACGCUUGUCAGGCAAAAGCCACAAAUGUUCAAGCAUCUAAGAGAUAGGCACUUUGAAUUUAACUAACAUACUGUUCAGUAAUCGCUCGUUGUACAUAGUUGUAUUAUAGACUAUCCCUGAUAGACA